AUGGGAAUCGCCGGUUUAUGGAAAAUCAUUGAACCAACAGCCACUGAGAUUCCACUCGAGUGUCUUGAAGGAAAGAAGUUAGCGAUUGGUAUUAUGAAUCAUUCAAAAUAUAAAAACAAUUCAUUUGUAGAUGUUUCUAUUUGGAUUUAUCAAGCUCAACUCGCCUACCCAUCAGACCAACCGUUUCCUCAUUUACGACUCCUCGUGAAUCGCCUCUCCAAACUUCUCUUUUAUAAAAUUCGCCCAGUUUUUGUUUUUGAUGGACCACAAGUCCCGGUUUUGAAGAGGCAAGUUUUGGAAUCAAGACGACAGAAGCGAAAAAAUGAUGACGAUAUUUUGACGAAUCCCAAGAAAAUGGGAAAAUUGAAGGUUUUUAUUGCCACUCCAUUGUUUAAAAAAUGGAUCCAUUUCCAGGAGAUCGCAUCUGGUGGAUUGGAUGAGGAUGCACUUUCAAAAGCUAUCAAAGAAGUUAUCAGUCCUUCGAAAAAAGUUGUUCUUAGCGAUGUAUAUAAAGAUAUCCCAUCUACAAGCACUAACCUAGAUUUGCCAUCUGCCCAUCAAAACGAUCAAUUGGUUUAUGGCGAAAUUGAAAGUUCAGAAGAAGAUUCAGACGAUAGUGAUGUAAUUGUUGAAACGCUAGUGAAGAAGGAAGAGCCUGAUCAGAAGAUGUUCCCAUCUAGAAAAAUGGAAAUUCGAAAUUUAGUAGAGAAACGAGAAGUGAUGAGAAAUAGCAGACUUCGUCCAGAUAUGAACUUAAAUUUAAAAAAUCGACCAAAAAAAUUUCAGAUUCCGCAAGAUUCGAAAAGUUUCAGCAAUUUCCAAAUGCAAAGACUUCUCCAGCGUGGUCGAUUGAAUGCUCAGAUUGAGCAGCUAGCAAAAUCAAAUACAACAUCUUCUGGUGCUUUUUCUUCUGAUAAAAUUAAUGUGACAGGACCUGAUGGAACCUCCCACGUUUUGAAAUAUGCGCACAGCGAUGAGAUUCAAGAAUGUCAGCCGGAACUGAAACGAGAGUUUGAUAGUCUAUAUCAGCCACCAUUAGAGAUGACUCUUGACGUUUUUAAUGUGGAGUAUGGUGGGAAAAAGUUGAGUCGAGAAGUGACACCAGAUGACGUCAGAGAAGAGAUUGUAGAAAGAAUUGAAGAGCGAUUAAUUGAUAAAACGGAAAGAGGAUAUCAAAGUAAAUCUGGAAUGUUGGAAGCGAUUGCUAGAAAAAGAAUUAGGCAACACUAUGGAACGGAAAUUAUUGAGGAUAAAGAAGAAGAGAGAAGGAGAAGAGGAGAAGAAGAAGAAGAGGACGAUUUGAUUGAAGUUAGUGAUGAUGAAAUGGCUCUUCAAAAAGCGCUUUUCGAAUCUGCGUCGAAAGCUUUAGAUGAAAAAAUGGCAAUUCUUAAAAAGCACAGACCAGACAGCGACGAUGAAGAAUGGGAUCCGCAGCGCAACGAUAUUCCAUCCACAUCGUCAGCAGCUCAAAGGAAUCUAACAGAUGAUUAUAUUCAUCUGAAUUAUGACGAUGAUAAUGAAAGAACUCCAGAACUGUAUAGAGACCUUCAAGAAUUCCUCACUAAUGCUGGAAUCCCUUGGAUAGAGGCGCCAGGAGAAGCCGAAGCACAGUGUGUAGAAUUGGAAAAGCUUGGACUAGUAGAUGGAGUUGUUAGCGAUGAUAGUGAUGUCUGGGCUUUUGGAGUGAAACAUGUCUAUCGACAUAUGUUUGCAAAGAAUCGACGAGUUCAGAGAUACGGAGAACAAACCGCAGCGAACCGAGACAACUGUAAACUUUUUUGUCUCCAAAGAGAAGAUUACAUUUCAAUCGCCAUUCUAGCUGGAGGUGAUUAUUGUCCGGGACUUGUCAAAGUGGGUGCUAUUGGAGCUCUAGAACUAGUUUCAGAGUUUGUGGAAAAACGGAAUGAUCAAUCGGAAACAAUUGAUAUUAUUGAAAACAGGAUUUUGCAGCUUUUGGAAAAAGCAGGACAAUUAUUUCUGUCUUCUCCAGAUGAAAAACGUUUCAAUAGUCGGAAAGCUCUGAUAUUGAAGAGACAUGUAACGGAAGCGAAUGAGAGAGAACUGAUUGAAAAUGUGUGUUCCAAUAAAGAUGCGGUGCAUGCAUAUCUUCAUCCAACCGUAGAUGAUUCUUCCGAAAAACUGCGAUGGCGUCAGAUGAACAUUCCACUCAUCCGCCAGAUCCUCCACCAACGCCUUCAGUGGCCAGAUCGAACACAACACCAUGAAGAGCAAAACUCUUUUAAUGCUUUCGUAAAAUGGAAUCAGUUUCUACAAGCUGGUGGGCGGAGUCAGAUGAGGUUGGAUCGGUUCUUCGCUCAAAAAUUAGACAGUGCUCUAGAAUUGAAAUGGUCGAAAAAGGUCGUUGAGGCCCUAGAAAAGAUUGGAAAGAGAACAAAAGGAGUUUCACUGGACGAAGAGAAAUUGGUGGAUCAGAAAAAAGAUGAUGAGAUAAAAGUGCUUGAAAUCAAGAAAAAGGAAAGGAAUCCUCCGGAGAAGAAGAAAGCUACACAUGGCAGGGGAAGAGGAAGAGGACGUGGCAGAGGAAGAGGCGGGGCGAAGAUUUCUAAAACAACGGAGAAGAAAGAGCUGAAUCUCUCCGAGGACAGUAGUUCAAAUGAUUCAUUCGACGACUUUUGUAAAUAA